AUGUCCGCAUCGAUUCCCCCCAAUUACGUCGCCACGCCCCUCGCCAGUACCACGCCGGUCGUCGCCACUGGCGCGCCUGUCGCUACGGUCGCAACUGGCACGCCUGUCGCCAAUCCUGUCGCCAAUCCCGUCGCCAAUGUCCCCAUCCCGUCGCCCACGCCAACCGUCGGGCCGACGGAGCCGUACGUGGUGGUGGGGCUUCAGUACUGCCUCCCGCGUUCUACUGCCUGCCGGCCUUCUCGCCUGCCGGUGGCGGGACGGCCCAGGGCGAGGCGGUCUACUCACAGACGAGCAAGGCCUUCUCCCUGCUUUCCCCCCUCCUCUCCCCCCCCACAUUCGCGCAGGGCGUUCUCGUGGCGCAACCGCAAGACAAUCUUCAACGCCCAGGACGAGCCGGUGUGCUCGCUGACCAGCAAGGCCUUGUCGCUGCACGACGAGACCUACCUGUGCCCGGGCGCCAGCGUGGAUAAACGUGACGCCCUGCUCACUGCCCGAAGCAAGUUCUUCUCCUGGACUCCCAUCCUCAAUAUCUUUCUGAAAGGGAAUUCAGUUGACAACAAGCCAGACAUCGUUCUCAAAGGCGAUUUUUUUCAGCACGAGUUCACUAUCACCUCGAGCAGCGGGCUUCUGUUGGCACAGGUGGAGAGGGAUAUCUGGUCCGUGAGGGAUUUUCUGAGCACGCACACGUAUGCUGUGCGCAUCAAGCCAAACGUUGAUAUGGCUCUGAUUUUAGCGCUCGUUGCCAUGGCGGACACCAUCUUUCAACAGCAGCAGCUGCCAUGUAAAGACCCCACAUGCUCCUGCCGCAAGGCAAAUAGCACCGACGUCUCCCCCACCCCGCCGCUGCUCACGUGCGCGCUAGUCUGCCGCCGCUGGCUGCGCCUCUCUGAGAGUCUCCCGCGCGCCAUCACUGUUUCCCCGGGCCUGCUAUUACACCCCCGCUCCCUCCUGCGUACGCUCUCCGCCUUCCCCCACCUGCGCUCCCUCACGCUACACGGGGACUCUUGCCGAAGCAUCAGCAGCAGCAGCAGAGGGACCGUCAGUGAUUGGCUCAUCGCUCGCCUGGCAGCGCUGCUGCAGCUGACGUCACUGUCGCUCGUUGGCGUUGCGGCAAUCCCGAGGCUCUCCCCCUUGGCGCCCUCCCUACUGUGCUUGGAAAUCCGUGGCGCAGGGGAGGGGGUGACGUGUCUCCCUGGAAAAUCUCUUGGGCAGCUGACGUGUCUGCAGGAGCUGGUUUUGAGGGACUGCUUGGCGCUGCGGCAGCUUCCAGAGUCGCUUGCCCUGCUGCCGUCCCUGCAGCGCAUUCGUGUAGAAAGAUGCUAUUCGGUGACGCUCGAUGCUUGGAGAACGCCCAGGGACGGCUGUGGGCUGGCAGCUGUGCGUUUUCAGGGGGAGGAUGGGGAACGUGGCGUGGGGGAAGGGCGAAGGAAGGGCAUUGAAUCUGACGAUGCUCAUAACGUGGUUGUUUCCAUGGUGUCGGGGGGUGAGAGUGAAGGGGGGAUGUGGGGGCAAGCUAUGGGCAGCAACUGCCGCCUCAGUGGAGAAGGCGACAGCGGCGCCGAC